CUCUUUGCCAAACAUUGUGAUUUGUGAGGGGUUUUACUCGAAUAGAUUAAAAACCCUAAUUCCCAAAACUCGCUAUUGCUUUUCAGAAUCUAAACGAAAUUUCUGCAGAAAUCACAAAGUUCAUUUGAAAUAAUUUCCCAAAAUGUCGCUCAGGGGAGUUUGGCAGCUUCAGAAACUGAUUGUUAGCUACUGCGAUUGGGGAGGCAGCAGCAGAGGCAUCAGGGCAUUCAUGGAAACACAUUUGCCAUCAAUUCAGGAGAGCAACCCACGGGUAGAGGUCGUUACAGAACUCAUUCGUGGACAGCAUCCUCAUCUAAAGGCUUUCUACCGAAACAAGAACGAACGAGUGGUUUGUGUGAAGAACAUGACUCAAGAAGACGUACUGCUGCAUGCAACAAGGUUGAGGAAUGCUUUGGGGAGGAAGGUGAUUAAAUUGAAGACAAGACAUGUCACAAAGCACCCUAGUGUACAAGGCACCUGGACAACUGCUCUGAAACUAUAAAGCAGUGAAAGCCCUUCGUGGUUAGUAAUCUUGCCGGCAAUUACGUGAAGCGUAUGGUGUCCUUUUUACGCCCUUGUUAGUCUCUUGUUGGAUGUAGCUUACUGUUUCGGAUGGUGUUGCUAGACCUUACUGUUUGUGAUCUUCCCGUUGGUUGCUGAGAUAACUAGGAUUGAUAAAUGUUACCCUGGUUUUAUUAUGACCACAUUAUUCUAGCUUCUUACCUCCUUUUUUGUAUUGUAUUGAGUAGUGGGUAGCAUGUGCUACAAUGCUAGUACUCAUCAAUUAGAACUUGGCUUACAAGAUCUGAAUAAAUUUAUAAAGUUUGUUUGAGCCAGAUGAACAAAUGCUGUUUGUGUAGACUAUUCUUAUUUUCUAGGUAAGUUCAAAUUCAAUUAUGAAGUACUUCCUUCGUUUUCUUUGA